GAGGAACGGAAGGACAAACGGGCGAGAAGCAUCCUCUGGCUUUGUGACAUUUCGUGCCAUAUGCAUUACAAAGCGAAGUUGCGGGUUUCCCUCAACUCCAGUCAGUAUCGGAGCAUCGCCCCGGAAACUUGUGACAUGUCUAAGGCAGUGAGGUAUUUUUGCGGCUGUUGCGAGCAGGUACCAAGCAUAGCCCUGGGCUGUAUGGACACUGGGCAGCCCUUCAGUUGUCUACUACUAGUUUUAAUUUCCGGUGGUGCUUCAUACAGUUUCACAAGGCGCUUUCUGCUGAGCUCCCCAGCACCUUUUCUGUGCUGUAGUUUUGCCGGAUGCUACCUGAUUAUCUUCAGACCGGGUUCUGCAUUAAUGGUGCCAAGCUGCUGCGUUAAAAAACACAAGGGUGUGUAUUCCUGCCUUUUUCAAGCACAACAUUGCAUUCAGUCCUUUUUGACAUCUUCGGCUGGAGAACAGAAUAGAGGCCAAAGUAGAAAAAGUAUGCAGCUGAUGGCUACUUUUCUUGUGCUACAGUCCAUGUGCUGCACAAAGGAAUUGAAAGGAUUCCCUCCCGCCCUUAUUACAUAAAAAAGUUACGCUUUCCUAUAGACAAUCAACAUACAAAAUACUACGGAAUGUUAAAGGACUCCUUUUCCUAGUAAGAAACCCUCUUUUCCGGCAAGAGCUUGUGCUGAGGUGUCUAUUGGUUCCUUUCUCGGACGUCCCCCCAGAACCUCAUGCAGCUGGCGGCGAAGAGUCCCCUUGUACGGGGAUGUUCGGCAGCCUGUGUUUGGACAAGCUGGGGCCACUUAGGUACCGUAUCUCCUGGCAAAAAGGUCAACAGCGGGAACAAGCCUUUGCGUGCCUCUCGUCACCGGUAACCACUUACGUUAUGGAUACCGCACCAGGGAGCCAAAUCUUACACUGGGACCAGCAGCCACCUACCGCUCACUCCUCGCCAGCCGCAUCGGGGCUCUCGGCAACUGGAGUGCCGAGCUGCGCGACGGCCAGCGCUGACGGGAGGCCGGGGCGGGAUGGCACCGCGGUCUCCGCUGCCACCACCCAUCUCUGCGGCUAGAAUCGGGAUGGACAACAGCCCCCCACAGGGAGCGCAGAGCCACCACCUCCACCUGCGAGCUCUAGCAAUAGACAGCUGCCACUGGCGUGGGGCGGGGCCAGCCUAUCCCCUGCUCCUUUCGGGCCCCGUGAGGGUCUGCUGCAGCUGCUGCCGCCGCCGCCCCUGCCCAUUGGCUGCCACGGGCCGCCGCGCUGAGGGCACGAAGGCCUCCGGGCUCAGGGCCUCGCCCCUGUGCGUCACCGGCUGGCGGGGCGGCGAUUGGCUGCGGCUGCCGCCUCUCUCCUUCUAGCCCGGCGGUGAAUGUCGCAGCCGCUUCUCACCGUUGGCGUUUGAAAUUCGGCCUAAAAUGGCGGCGGCGGCCGGGAGUGGGGCUGAGGCGUCGGUGGCGGCAGCAGCAGCCGCCAGGAUGAAGGGGGCGGAGGAAGAGGAGGAGACGGCUCUUGCGGCGGAGGAUGAGGAGGACAGGGAUGAAGACGGCAGCGGGACUGCCAAAGUGGUGGGCGCGGCGGCAACAGCCGGCAAGGGGGCCGGCGGCGGCGAGAGCGAGGAGGAGGAAGAGGACGUGUUUGAGGUGGAGAAGAUCCUAGACGUGAAGACGGAGGGGGGUGAAAUUCUCUACAAAGUGCGGUGGAAAGGAUAUACUUCUGAUGAUGAUACCUGGGAACCGGAGGUUCAUUUGAAAGACUGCAAAGAAGUGCUGCUUGAAUUCAGGAAGAAAAUUUUGGACAAUAAGCCCAAACCAGUUAAAAAAGAGACACAGAAAUUAUCUCUAAAUGAUGAUGUAUUUGAAGCAGAAUCUGACAGUGACUGGCAAAGCGAAACAAAAGAUGAUGUUUUACCAAAGAAGAAGAAAAAGAAGUCAAAAGAUGGAGAAGAUGGAAGUGCAGAUGAUCUGAAGAAGAAGAAGCCUAAGUCUGCAAAACUCAAAGAAAAAACAGAAUGUGAAAAUUCCUCAGAUGCUUUGGUUUUAGAUUCAAAACCAAAAAAAAGGACUUCAGAAACCAAGGAGGAUUUAAAGGACCCAAAGAAGCAAAGGAAGGAAGAUACUAAAGAAGUUAGGAAAAAGAAGGGAGAACUUAAAGAUGUAAAAACAAAGUCUAGAGAAGAUUUGAAAGAAAAAAGACCACGAAAAGAGAAGCAUGGGGAUGUUCAGUUUGACUCAGAAUUGAGUACUCUAGACAAUGUCUUUUUUCAAGGUACUGAAAAUGAAAAUUCAGACUUAAAUUGUGAAAACAAAGAUGUGAAGCAAAAUGAGGAGAGACUGGAACAGCAAAUUGCUGAAACAGAUUCCAUUGCUGAUGGGCAUCUUGAUGAAUCAGCAAAUAAUGAUGAUAGCAUGGAUAUUAAGGUUAAAAGAAAAAAUAAAAAAAUUCAAAAACCCGAAGAUUUUAAAGAGGAAGAAAGGAAAGUGGAUACUCAGGAUGCCUAUUUAGAGAAGAAAAGCAUGCACAGAAAGCAAAAAGGGCAAGAAAAAGUAAAAACAGUACCGAUAGAGUUGGAGAAAGCAUCACUUGCUCCUUCACCAGUGCACAGGGGUUUGAAAUCAAGUGCUGAUGAAAAAGGCCGCAAGUCCACCGAUUCAGCUGGAGAGUCUCAGGAGAAAGAAAUAAAGAAAAUUGAAACAAAAGAAAAAUCCCAAAAAAGAGAGACUGAAAAAGAAGAAAAGAGCAGGAAAGAACAAAAUGCCCUAAAAAAUGGCAAGCAACAAGUCCUGAGUUUGGGUAUGGACAUGCAGUUAGAAUGGCUGACACUAGAAGACUUGCAGAAGCAUCUUGAUGGGGAAGACGCAAAUCAUGUGUCAACAGAACCGAUAUCAAGUACUCACUUGAGGGAUGCUGUUAAAAGUGGAGAUUAUAUGACAGUAAAGAUGGCACUUUCUUCAAACGAGGAGUAUAAUCUGGACCAAGAGGACUCCAGUGGAAUGACUCUAGUAAUGCUUGCUGCUGCUGGUGGGCAUGAUGACCUUCUCAGAGUCCUCAUCAGGAAAGGAGCUAAAGUUAAUGGUAGACAGAAAAAUGGAACAACUGCACUGAUACAUGCAGCUGAAAAGAAUUUUCUAACAACAGUAGCUAUUCUUCUGGAAGCUGGAGCAUAUGUGAACGUGCAGCAGAGCAGCGGUGAAACGGCUUUAAUGAAGGCUUGUAAAAGAGGGAACUCUGAUAUAGUGCAGCUUAUGAUUGAAAGCGGAGCAGACUGUAACAUUUUGUCAAAGCAUCAGAACACCGCCCUGCAUUUUGCUAAACAGUGUAAUAAUGUACUGGUAUAUGAGCAGCUCAAGAGUCACUUGGAAACGCUCUCCAGAGUAGCAGAAGAUACCAUCAGGGAUUACUUUGAAGCUCGUCUUGUCCUGCUGGAGCCAGUCUUUCCAAUUGCAUGUCAUCGCCUCUGUGAAGGGCCAGACUUUUCUACGGAUUUUAACUAUAACCCCCCACCAAACGUGCCAGAAGGAUCUGGAAUUCUUCUCUUCAUUUUCCAUGCAAAUUUCCUUGGAAAAGAAGUUGUUGCUCGGCUCCGUGGACCAUGCAGUGUACAAGCUGUGGUUUUAAAUGACAAAUUCCAGCUCCCUUUAUUUUUGGACAGUCACUUUAUUUAUUCCUUCAGCCCUACUGCAGGCCUUAACAAGCUUUUUAUACGUCUGGCAGAUGUUCCUGCUGCCAAGGUAAAGCUGCUAAUAGGAGCAUACAGAGUGCAGUUGCAGUGACCUCACAGCAGCAAGCAUGUUGAGUGGACUGAUACUGUUUUUGGAUAUACUUCCAAUUCCUCUGGUCAGAGACCGACAAAGCAGUUUGGAACUUUUUUGCACCACCCUCAAGACCAAGUUCCUGUCUCUUUGUCACUUGUUGGCAGUCAGGAAGGUGUGUGUUGGAGAGCAAUUAAAUAGACUGCACUGGUGGAACAGGGUUGCUAGCACUGUUUACUUUGUACAGAUGUAGAUGUAAGUAUUCGUGCCAAUACAUAUCAUUUGUUUUUCUCUAACUUGUGGAGUCCAGACUGCGUAUUUCAGCUUUUCCACAAUGUGGAACGGUGCAUAUAAGAACUAUUUAAAAUAACUGCAAGAAAUGUCUUUUUUAAUAGAAAGAUCUUUUCCAUUUGUAAACUGAAAUUUUCUACUUACUUGUAACAUUUCUGUGUAAAAUGCAGAACUGUCAUAUUCUUGGAGCCACAGGCUGAAAUGACAUGUGAAGUUCACUGCAUUAGAUUUAAUUUUGAAUUGCUGAGGGCUGGCUUCUGGUUUGGAAUUGUUCCUGCUCAUGUCUCCUGCUGAGAAAGCACUUAUGUGUAAAAAAUUCCCUUUGAACAAACCUAGGUAAGUCUGCAGGUGUGAGCAAAGACAGCUGAAGAGGCUCAAUUUCUAGAGGAGCACAGUCAUUUUUCUGCUUAUCAGUGUUUUUAAAGCUACUUUUGUGUUAGAGAAGCAGACACCUUUAUUUUUGAGUUCUCAGUCAAGUCAUAUGGGAAGACAAAGGCAAGCUGAAAAUAGCCAACCAGAAAGCUAUGUAGGUACUUUCCAGGUGCAGGCAAUGCUUUCUGUGGGCAAGAUGCAGAGAGGACUUUUUUUUUUAUGUUCUCAGCCUGACAAACAGGACCAUGUACUGUCCUUCAAUUCUGAAGUUCAGUUCCUCAGUGCAAAGAGAUGCUAUUUUUUUAUUCUUAUUUAAAUGACCUAUGUUAUCAGAGGACAGCAGUUCUGUAAUAGUCCUGUGCUAUAAAACACAAAUGUAGUAUUUCUGCACAAAGUACAGAAUAUUUUUUUUUUUUAAUUAACCAGUAUCUGUAGAAGUUUAACAAAAGAAAUCCAGAUUGUGCCUUCGCAGUUCUGGGUGCCAUGUGUAGUUCACAUGCCACUGUGUGCCUGUAUUAAUAGUAAAGCUACUCUGGAUAAAUUCAUGUAUUGAGUGCUCACCACCAACAUGGAGCAAGCGGAGUCAGUAUCCUUCUGCAAACUGACUUUUUAAUACAGAAACUCCAAUUAACCAGUUUGUAAUUUUUAGCUCUUUAAAAUUCAGAACCUUUGUAUACCAAGUAAGUAGCACAGCACACUAUUUCAGUUCUGUGGAAUGUCACAUUAAGUUAGCCUAAACCAGAACAGCAAAACGUGCCCUACAAAAACUGAUUUCUCUUUGGAUUUAGAGUAGGUGCCUAUCUUUCUGCAAACAGUAUUGAUGAGAUGUUAAUGUGUCUGGCUUUGAACAGACUUUGUACCUCCAGAUCUGAAGUAUGUUGGGAUACCUCAUUUUGCUACGUGUGAACUGAAAUGCAUGAAAACCGCUGGCUGAGAAUCAGGUCUAUCACUACCAGCACUUGGUACCUCAGGUAGCUCAUUUCUUUGCAGUCACUGUGCAUAACCUGGAAGGUAAGGAAAAGGCAUUCCUGAGUGUUCCUUUAUGUUGGAGUGACAGUUUCUGUGUUUGCAGCUACCCCUUUCUUGGGUACUCCUGCACUGUGCACCUGACAGUAUCAAGCAUGUGUAACAAGCUCUGCACAGCACAAGGUGGUGGUAAAAGCUGUCCAAGGUGAGGAGAAAAGGUUUGUGAACAAGUGUCCAUAUAAUAGAGAUCUACUCAGAAACUGCUGUACAAUCUAACAUAAUGUCUAGUAAUGUGGCAAGAGUUGCCAUAGGAGCUAGUUUGUCAAAAGACUGAUUUUAGGUGUUUAUUUGGGCUUGUGUUUGGUGGUUUUCCCUUGAGACAUCUAGGAGAGAAGGUGGAGUUCUACAGGACAUAGGAAUAAAAUAUGGGUUCAUGAUGCUUUUGUUAAGGAAAAGAUUUUGCAGCCCUCUUUUCCUAUUAGUUGGUGAUAUGAAUUCAAACCUCCUGCUGAAGAUGCAUAAAAGGCAUGUGAAAA